GCUCUGUCCCUGUCCUGGGAGCACAUGAUGCAGCGGCCACCCAUCUAUGGCCCACCACAUACCUGCUGGGCCUGGGCAGCACAGCCACAAGGUGCUCCUGGGUGCCCACCACUCCCAGGAGAUGCUCCUGCUGCAGUACUCAGGCAUUGCAGCAGCCCUGGGCCAGAAGGAGGGGAUCCAGACCCUACUGGUCUUCCAGCUUUCCCAGGCCGGGGACCUCUUCUACCAGCUGCUGCUCCCCCAGGCCAAUGGGGAGGCUCCCACCGACUCGGAGCCAGAGACCAGUGUUGCAGGCGCCGUGGUGGGCAGACCCUGCCAGGACCCCAUUUCUGCAGACGGAGCCAAGACCACUUGUACCCCGGCAGCUGCAACCCUCUACCGGCGCUGGCUGAGGUCCUGGAAGCGGGCUGCCCUGCCCACCCUGUACUGGCAGUGCCCUCCGGCCACGCUCAACCAGGGCUGCCUCUUCGCCCACCGAGAGCCGAGGGACACAGAGGGGGCUUCCCCGUCCUCUGUGGAGGCUUCGUGCCGCCUGCGCGGGGCCAUGCGGGAAGAACAGCUCUUCUGCUCCUGGGGGGACGAGAGAGGGGUCCCUGUGCCUCCUGCCCCACAGCUGCCCCCAGGGGAGCUCAGCCAGCGACUGGAGGCUUCCUGGGCGGGUGACUGGGCAGCCUGGUGGCUGGAGAGGUUGGGGGCCACCAAGGCCCGGCGACAGCAGGAGCUGAGGGAGCAGCGGAGGCGAGCCAAACGGCGCAGGGGGACGCAGAGCCUCUCGGGCAGCUUCACCUCCUCCACCAGCUACCAGUCGGAGCUCAGUGACUGGUCGGGGGACGGCAGGGCUCCCAGGCCCCCUCCCGCCCUGCCGGCGGAGCCCCCCGCCCAGGCUCCCCCCACUCUGCCAGCCGCUUCCCAGGGGGACUCCCAGGAGCUGCUGUCCUCGCAGAGCCUGAGCGCCCGGGGCAUCCCCCACGAACGCCGCCAGACCCUGCGCAGGUACACCUGGGCUGUGCUGGACCAGCCCCCAGAGCCCCCCGAGGAGCCCCUGUCUGCCAGCCAUGCUCAGUGCGCAGCAGCCAGCGGGGACCUUCCUCUUCCCAGUGGGCCCCAGCCGAAACGGGGCCGCAUGGGCUUCGAGGCGGGGGGGGGGGGGUGAACUUUCUUCUGGGCCCGAUGAAUAAAAAGGAGGUCGCUUUCUUAGCCGGGCUGCCUCGCUUGCUGUUGUCGGGAGGGGGACGGUGUAACACGUGUGUAGGGAGUGCGUCCUGCAAUCUCUCGUCCCACCGCUAGGGGCAGAGGUGCGGGAGUGCGCAUGCGCUUGCUCGAGGGGGCGGCGCUAGCAGGCAUGGCGGCGGCGAGGCUAGGGGGGCGGUUGCUGGUUCGCGCCUGGGGCCGUCCGGGACAGUGCCUGGCUUUUCGGGACGCAGCGCCGCAGGCCUCCGGUGCACUUCCUGGUGAUCCCGCGACGGCCCUUGACGCGCCUUAGCCGGGUUCCGAGAGCGACGCUCAGCUCCUGGGACCACUUGCUGGUGGUGGCCAGCCCAGACGGGCAAGGCGGAGGGACCUGUCCGAGGGCUACCGAGUGGGUGAGGUAGAAGGCGGCAGCCGUUUGGCCGAGAGGCCGUGAUGGGGAACGGGGCCACUGUUGUCCCGGGGGUGAGAGGAGGGGGUUGCUCCACCCUCCUGCCGCCAAGGGUGCUGGCAUGUGCCCGGUGCCCCCCUCCAAGCCUUUCUCCCCUCCUCCUGCAGUCAUCAACGAGGGCCCGCCAAGGGGCGCAGUCCGUCUACCUCUCCACCUCCAUGUGCUGGGCGGGCGCCAGAUGGGCUGGCCGCCCGGCUGAACCGACCUGCACUGUACAGGGGGCUUGCUCUCAAUAAAAGGCCUGCGCUGGGCAGGCAGCAGGCAGCCCUUGGCUCUGCGUGGGCCUCUUUCUUCCCAAAGGUUGCUUUGUGGCUGCUGGCUGAGUGCGGCUGAUGGGGACCCACCUCAGAGAGGCCUCAGGGCCUGGAUUCA